CUUCCCUUCCCCAUCCUUUUAUACACUUUCAUUUUUAAACCAUGUCUACUACCGGCUUUUUGCAAACUCUCUGGGACCGGAUCCCGAACGCCUCCAGCAAACAUGCAUUUGGCGCCCAGGCCAUGCACAAGGAGGCGGUGGUUCCAGAGUUCCCGACACGCAUCAGCAAGCGCAAGCAGUCGCGGCCACAGCGGUCGCCGCAUGCCAUUGCGCUCGAAUCGACGCCGACUGAUUCGCUGCCUGCGCACGGCAUGCAGCUUGGCAAAUCGCGGCGACUCUCGCUCGACCAAGUGUCGGCAUCCGUGACGGCCAAGCACAUCCUCGGCAUUAAGCCCCAUCCGCUAUACACUGAGCCGCAGAGCCGGGCAUUCCGGCUGACAUUCUCUGACGAGUACUCGCGCAACCCGCAUGCGUACGUGCAGGCCCUCCUGGAUAUUGAGCAAAAUAGCGCACAGCCAGGCGCCAAGCCGCAUGGGGCGCGGAAUCGCCGGAAUAACUCGUCGCGUACGCGACACACUGAAAAGUACCGGGUGCCAAAUCGACGCAGCCGCACACGGUUCCACAACCUGCAGCUGGAGCAGACCAUUUCGGGCGCACACUCUGAAAACGACGACUCGAAUUCCAUGGUGUCUGCUAGCGACGUCAAUGAUCUGACUGACUCGGAAAUGCACACGCGCGGGUGCACCAGCCACCUCAGCGUGGCCACACGGCAAAGCAAGUCGCCGGGGAUCGGCGCUGCCGGGACACCCCUGAACGAGUCGGAUCACGAGUCGGUCACAAGCCAUCCAGCCAGCCGCAGCAAGCAGUUGUCGCCGACAGUGCCUGACAGCGCCAUUGUUGAUCUGCCACAGGGAUCGCCCAGCGACUCUCCUGCGGUUUCGGCCUCAGAGUCGCCGGUGCUGGCUGAGCUACCCAGCUCUGACAACAUGCCAUCAUAUGUGCGGGCCGGGCAGAUGUUUGUCGAUGGCGACAUGUCAGUGAUCACGCCGCUCGCCGAAAAGUCCACCGUAAAGUGGACAAAGGCCGACCCAAUCGACGUCACCGACAAGCCUAUGGUUGGCAGCCUUGCUGCUGCCGAGCGGCAUUGCUGCUCAGUCCUGCGCAUUCUGCCAGAGCAGUACCUGACUAUCAAGCACACGCUGCUGCGCGAGGGCAAGAACCGCAAUCCUGGCUCAUUCAAGAAGCGGGAUGCGCAGAAGCUGUGCCGAAUCGAUGUCAACAAGACGAGCAAAAUAUACGAGUGGUAUGUCAGCAUGGGGUGGCUACCGAAUGGCACUGGUAUCUAUGCCAUUCCGCCGUCGCUGGCCCAGAUCGACUAGGUCAAUUUAAAUAAAAGCACGCAUUUUUGACGUAUUUCC